UUUAAUAAUAUAAAAAGAAAUCAAAAUAUUUCUAAUCACAAAAAAGAAUAAUACUUAAAAAAAUAUAGUUUAUAAAUGUCUGAUUUUCCUGAAUUUAAAUGUGCUGAUAGAAUCGAAUAAACUUGCAAUCCAAUUCGUAACUACGUUGAAAAAGUAAUUCCAAAUAUAAAUAUUGAAGAAUUUAAGAAUAGUCGUCCAGCUUAGAACUUAAAUCUAACUCUAGGAGACCCAACAGCAUUUGAAGAAUUUAAAACAGAUCCUAAAAUAUUAGAACUAUGUGCUAAAGGAGUAGGUAAAAUAGAUGGUUAUACUGAUUUUUAAGGCAAGCUAGAAAUAAGAUAGACUUUGGCUUAAAAAUAUUAAUUCAAUAAUGGUAUCAAAAUAACUGAAAACGAAAUUUUUUUAACUGCUGGAUGUUCAAUGGGAAUUUAUAUAUCUUUAACUGUAUUAGCAAAUCCAGGAGAUAAUUUUUUAUUUCCUUCUCCUAGUUUUCCCUUGAUAGUUACUAUGGCUUCUAGUAUGGGAAUUAAUGUAAAAUUUUAUAAUUUAAUUGAAGAAAAAGACUGGGAAGCUAAUUUAGAAUAGAUGGAUUAAUUAAUAGAUGAAAAAACAAGAUUUAUUUAUAUAUGUAAUCCUUCGAAUCCAUUAUCUUCUUUAUGGAAUAAAGAACAUUAGUUAGAAAUUUUAAAAUUAGCAUAAAAACAUAAUAAUUUACCUAUUGUUGCUGAUGAAACAUACGAGCAUAUGGUUUAUCCUGGAUUAAAAUAUUUCUCUUUUGGAGAGUUAACUGAAUAGGUUCCUGUUUUUAUUAUUUCUGGUUUAUCCAAAAGAUGGUUAGUUCCAGGAUGGAGAACUGCUUGGUUGAUUCUAGUUGGUAAAGAAGGUGUAUUUGAUGAAAUAAAAUAAGGAAUAAAAAAUAUUUUGAACUUUAUUUUAAUGCCUAAUACGAUUGUGGCAGGAAAUUAAGUAGAAAUAUUAAAUACUAGUAAUGAUUAUAUAGAUGAUAAAAUGAAAAAGUGCUAAGAAAGAUUUAUUUUAUUAAAAGAAUUAACUAAAAAUACUGUAGGAAUUAAGCUUAAGGAAUCAAAAGGAGCUUUUUAUUCCGUUAUUGCUAUUGAUUGUAAUAUUUUAAAAUUCGAAAAUUCUUAAGAAUUUGCUUCUAAGUUUUUAUAGGAAUAAAAUGUUGCAGUUUUUCCUGGGGAAUUGUUUUUUGGAAAGAAUUUUUUUAGAAUAGUACUUUGUUCGGAUUUAGAUGUUAUUAAAGAAUUAGCAAUUAGAUUAAAUAAAUUUUGUUUAAAAUAUUAAAGAUAGUAAUGAGUUUAUUAUAUUUAUUUUUUGUUUUUCUAAACUUUUUAUUUGUAGAUUGAAUUUAUUUAUUUAUUUU